AUGACCUCCUAUAAGGAGAAGAAUACACAGAAAAUUCCCACAAACAAAUAUUCACUCAUAGAAGAAAAUGACUUGCACCUUAACUGGCCUACACGCUUCAAUAUAUUGUUGGGAACAGCAAGAGGACUUGCUUACCUUCAUGAGGAGUCAACGCCCAGAAUUAUACAUCGAGAUGUCAAAGCAAGUAAUAUUUUUCUGGAUGCAGAACUCUCCCCAAGAAUAUCGGAUUUUGGAUGGGCAAAGCUUUGUGAUGACGAGAAAACACACUUGAGCACCCGGGUUGCAGGCACAAUAGGCUAUUUGACGCCGGAGUAUGCAAUGUGUGGACAUUUGACAGAAAAGGCUGAUGUUUUUGGUUUCGGGGUUGUUGCUUUGAAGAUCCUCAGCGGGAGACCAAAUUCUAACAAGAACUUGGAUCCUAAGAAGAUUUAUCUUCUUGAAUGGCUACGCUUGGUUGCUGUGAAAAUGGAAGAACACUAA